AUGGAGGUCGAGGAGGGCCCGCACGCGCUGCCGGAGCCGGAUGCGCCAACCGGCGCCGGCGUCCUCUUGGGGCGGUGCGGCCGCCACCCGGCCCAGCCCCUAGCCGGCGUCUGCUCCUCCUGCCUCAUGGAGCGCCUCUCCUCCGUCGGCAGCCCCGAGAUCGUCGAAGUCACCCCCGCCGCCCCCCGCGACACCGAGGGAUCCAGCUCCGGCGCCGACCAGCAGGGCAAGCUGCGGAAGACCCUCAUGCUGCUCUUCCAGAUGGACGACUCCCACCACUCCCCCUCCCCCUCCACCGAUCCCCCGCCCGAAUCCAAGAACCCACCACCAUCUCACCCGGACCCCAGCGCGAGCCGCGGGGCCAGGUGGAAGCGCGGCUCCUGGCUCCGCUCCAUCCUGCCCAAGCGCGGGGCGCGGCGGCGGCGCACCAAGGACGAGGACCCCCCGCGCCCGUCCGCGGCCUCGGUGGCGGCGGAUCCCGGCGCCGGCGCCGGCGGCGACGCGACGCCGCCCCAGGUCGAGCGGAGGGCCAGCUUCCGCCGCUCCUGCGAGUGGAUGGUGUGCCGGGACCCGCCCAGCGCCAGCGCCAGCGCCGGCAGGGGGGAGCCGCCGCGGCACUCGUGGGACGGCUCCAUGGUGGGCCGGGCCCUGGCCUGCUCCUUCGCGUGCCUGGACGAGCCGGCCGACGGGGUCACGCGCGUCAGGCACAGCAAUGCGGAGGAACCGUCAUCCGCGGGGGCUGCAGAGGGCAGGAAUGUUGCGCAUGCGGCCGAUGUGGGACAGAGCUUCAGGGAGAGGACCUGCAACGGCGACGCCGGUCCGGAGAUGAGCGUCUCGGGCGUGGUGCGCCGGAGGUCCAACAGGUGGAGCAGGGUGUGGGACCGGAGCAUCACCAGCCCGCUCAAGGAGUUCGUCAGGAAGGGGGAGCACGCCCUCGACCGCUCCCUCUCCGAGUCCAGGAAGGAGACCCGGAGAUGCGCAAACAGAGAGACGGCAGACAUCGUCGACGGCGAGGUUGGCCGCAACGGGCUGGUCUCAGGCAUAGCGAGCCGAAACGCCACCCGAAGCUCGCAACCCAAUGGGGACGCGCAGAGUUUCCGCGCGAAUCGGGUCAAGAGCAAGGAGUCCAAGAUCGGCAGGAGCAGGAGCGUGCACUACACUUCCCCCGGGAACUUCGACAACGGGAUGCUGCGGUUCUACCUGACGCCGAUGAGGAGCAACAGGAGCGCCAACAGGGGGAGGAGGAGAAGCUCCCGCCUGUUCUCCAGAGGACUUUUUGGUUUCGUCUGAGCGGCUGG